UCUACGCUAGCACCAGAGUCAAUCGGAGUCAACGGAGAGCGAGCAACUAUGCCCGUAUUUUGUGCAGCUUACGGUUGCAAUAACCGGCGCAGUAUUGAAACCAGAUCGCAUGGGAUUACCUUUCACAAGUUUCCGAGUGAUACAGGCUUGAGGAGUCAAUGGGAAGUUGCUAUAAGACGGGAGGGUUUUGUUGUGACUGAAUCGUCAAAGCUCUGUAGUGAGCACUUCAAGCCUGAUGAUUUUGACAGGACGGGUCAGAUUGUCAGGUUUAGAGAUGGCGCGACUCCAUCUGUCUUCAACUUCCCAUGUCAUCUCCAAAGACCAGUAGUGACAAGGAACACAAAAACUUCAAGGAAAGCUGAAGAGAGCCUACCAGUGGACCUUUCUCAGCAUUUCCCUGAAAGUGAACCAUCCUUGGUUCAGAGGAUGUGUUCUUACUUGGGGAGCACAUUGCAGAAACCCAGUUCGGAAUUGAGAACCAUCAUUUCAUGCUUGUGUCAUUUGUGGUGUCUGUAUUUCACAAAGUAAGGCUGCGCCACAUUGCAAAAUUAAG